AACAGCAAAAAGUUAAAGGAACCAGCUAUAAGGGAGAGUGAAUGAGUGAGAAUCAUGUGAUGAGCCCCUCUCUCUCUCUCUCUCUCUCUCUCUCUCUCUCUCUCCCGCCGAAUCAAAAAGCCAUAAACUUUGUGUAUAUCCCAACAACUGAACAACCACCACCCUUUUGUUGUGUAUGUGUGUUUUGAGCUCUGAGAGUCUUUCUUGGUGUUGGUUGCUAAUUCAAUGGCGUCAAGCGCUUCAAGGUUCAUUAAGUGUGUGACGGUGGGAGAUGGAGCUGUGGGGAAGACCUGUAUGCUUAUUUGCUACACCAGCAACAAAUUUCCCACGGAUUAUAUACCCACUGUGUUUGAUAACUUCAGCGCUAAUGUGGUGGUUGAAGGCACCACAGUGAACUUAGGCCUCUGGGACACCGCUGGGCAAGAGGAUUACAAUCGAUUAAGGCCAUUGAGCUACAGAGGGGCAGAUGUCUUUGUCUUAGCUUUCUCAUUAGUUAGUCGUGCAAGCUAUGAGAACGUGCUGAAAAAGUGGAUCCCUGAACUCCAGCAUUAUGCUCCCGGAGUCCCAGUUGUACUUGCUGGCACCAAAUUAGAUCUUCGAGAGGAUAAGCACUAUUUGGCUGAUCACCCAGGAUUGGUACCUGUGACCACUGCACAGGGCGAGGAGCUGCGCAAGCAGAUUGGUGCUUCAUUUUAUAUAGAAUGCAGCUCAAAAACUCAGCAGAAUGUGAAAGCAGUUUUUGAUGCUGCGAUCAGGGUGGUUAUCAAGCCACCACAGAAGCAGAAGGAGAAGAAGCAAAAGGCACGUCAAGGAUGCCUAGUCAACAUCCUUUGCGGAAGGAGGCUAGUGUGUCUCAAAUGAAAACAUCAACUGCCAUAUUAAUCAUGAUGUGCCAAAGAGCCAGCAAUUCUCUCCAGCAAUUCUCUCCAAACCUAACUUGCGUUGAUGCUGGCUUCUUUCUUCGUACUAGAAUUUUUUUAUUUCAUAUUACGUUAUAGAUAACAGGGAAUGGAUACCCCUCGUAACACCGAUAUUCGUUUAUUAAGCUCAUUGUAAAGAACUCAAGGUUAAAAGGCUUUACAUUUGCAACAGGGAAGCUUUAUUUGGUAAAUUGUUGUGUGUCAAAAUGAUCUAUUUGAUUAGGUAAUUUUUUGAAAGUGACUUGGAGAAA